AUGGUUCUUGAGGACUUGGAGAGCCUCACAAUGGACACCGAGGCCAACACAACGGUGGACCCCGCGUACAUUGAAGAGGAGUUUCCUGAAGGCGUUGACCUGCUGGUGUACACCAGACAUGUACACCGGCGGGCCGAGGUCAUUGCCCGUCUGCUGGGAACGCAUCUCGGGAACCCGUCCGCGCUCGGGGUCAAGCGCAACGUGCUGAUAAUCACGGACGCAGAGUUCAAGAACGCGCUCGACCUGCAGCGGGCGUCGAUCCCCACUAUCGAUCAGCGCAGGUACCGGGUCAUCUCGUCGCCGGCUCUGCGGGCCAACACCAUCAGCAAGGACUGGGUCGAGGGGUUCAUCUACAACCACGACACGCUGGUUGUAGUCGACGAUGCAGUCAACAACUGCAACCAGAAGAACAUGCCCAAGAUCCUGGCAUUCUACCGGACCACGCACGCGACCACGGCGAGCACGCUGGUGCGGUUUGCCAUCAUCAACCACACUCGCGAUACCGCGAGGGCGUGCUUCUCGCAUAUCCCAAACAUUAAGAGUCUCGAGAAGCCGUACAAUCCCCGGAACAGCACAGUGGCCAGCAACACCGUCGUCCAGCUGCGGGUGGGCGAUUCGGUGCUGGAGCACGUUCUGCGCAACCUGGCGCUGCUGUACGCCUUUCUGUCGAGACGCGACCCGACGCUUCUCAGACAGGUCGCAUUGAUCCACGCGGGCAUUAUCUUCUCCGAGGCCAUGGCCAAGAGCGCCAUGGCCACGCUGCUCGACACCUGGGACGAGCUACAUCCAAUGCAGUCUGCGAUUCCCGGGAAGGACCUCACUAUGCGCGUAUCGCCAGACACUCCUAGUAUAACCAUUGACACGCUGGUAGAAGUCGAGUACGCUGUGCAGGUCGCACAUACUCUAAAGGCCAUAGACCGGGGCCUGAGGCAGUGGUUUGCGGCCGACCGGGCGGGGCGCCGGCGGGAUGUCAGGGCGGAGGUCGUCAAGGCGGUCGCCGAUAUUUUAGACGCGUACCGAUUUGAGGGGAUCGCGGUGAUUGUCCACGAAAUCCCGCAGGACCAGCUCGAGGACGUGUGUGCCCUUGGCAGCGGCGGCGUGGUGGGCCGGGAGCGGCUUGCCCAGCUCGAGUGCGUUGCCGCCGCGAACGGGUAUAUCGAACGCCAGUCGACGGACAGGCGGUUCAAGGCGGCCAUCGACCUGUUCCCGGCGCUUACGCGAGACCCGACUACGCUGCGGGUGCUGAGUGACACGACGGCCGAGACCUUUAACACGUACGCCUUUGACCUGUCGAUCACGCACCCGGCGAACUUCCCACAGGACGACUUGUCUCAGACAAACCGCGAUGGCACAAUAGAGAGCCACCUGUCCAGCCUCAUGCGGCUGAAGCCCAGCGCCAACAUGUAUACGUACAGGUCUGCGCCCGAGCACGGGCUUUGGCUGGCGAAUAGGGGUUCGGAGAAUGCGCUGCGAACGGCGUAA